UAUAAUACCUUUGAGAGAAUCAUGAAAACAUCUGCUCAGUUCAGUACAUUGAAACAGGAAGGAGGCUUAUCCCUUGCCUUACAUAGAAUCUCCUUGGAUUGAAAGUCAUUUAAAUAUUGAACUGAGAACAUUUGCUGUCUUUCCUGAUUUACAGAUAUGUUUUUCUGAAACUUAUCUCUAACUUCCAAACAGUCCCAGCUGGCUGUAGUUCAGGUCUGUGAAACUGAUAAAAUACAUUUGGCUUCAAGUCAUAGAUUAAGUUCAGAAGGAGGCUCUUCAUGUCUCUGAAGAAUCUAGCUGGAGUAUGAGCUAUGUCUGAGAACCACUUGGUUUAUAAAUAAGUGCCAAGAUAAUCCAGAACAGGGAGAAGCAGAGCGAGGACAGCCUGCUGGACUCUUCCUGCCGUUGAAAAGUACCCUCAGAGAGGAAAACUUUUCCCUCUCUUCUGCCUUAAAAGUUUUCCCAAACAUGAAGACAAUAAGCUUAUUCAUUUUUGUGGGAUUUAUAGGAGAGUUCCAAGUUUUUUCAAGUGCCUCAUCUCCAGUCAACUGCCAGUGGGAUUCCUAUGGCCCUUGGUCAGAAUGCAGUGGCUGUACCAAGACUCAGACUCGCACACGCUCAAUCGCUGUUUAUGGGCAGUAUGGGGGCCAACCUUGUGCCGGAAGUGCUUUUGAAACACGGUCCUGUGAACCUACACAGGGGUGUCCUACAGAAGAGGGCUGUGGAGAACGUUUCAGGUGUUUUUCAGGACAAUGUAUCAGCAAAUCAUUGGUUUGCAAUGGGGAUUCUGAUUGUGAAGAGGAUGGUGCUGAUGAAGACAGAUGUGAGAACUCAGAAAGGAGAACUUUGUGUGACACUGAUAAACCUCCUCCCAACAUAGAACUUACUGGCAAUGGUGUGGAAGAGUGUCAGCUCAUUGUCCUUGACGAUGUAAAUAAUGAUUUUAAUUAUGAAUUUUACAACAGUAGUUGGUCUUAUGUAAAACAAACAUCUGAAGAACAUACAUCUUCCAGUAAGAGGUCUUCCUUUUUCCAUUCUUCAUCAUCUGCUUCACACAGUUAUAAGUCAAAUUUCAAUGAAAUCUAUAAGAAAAAGAGUUAUCAAUUACUGGUUAUUCAGAACACUGUUGAAGUGGCUCAGUUCAUUAAUAACAAUCCAGAAUUUUUACAACUUGCUGAGCCAUUCUGGAAGGAACUUUCUCACCUUCCCUCUGUGUAUGACUACAGUGCCUACCGAAGAUUAAUUGAUCAGUAUGGGACCCAUUACCUGCAGUCUGGAUCCUUAGGAGGAGAAUACAGAGUUCUAUUUUAUGUGGACUUCGGAAAAGUCAAAGAGAGUGGUUCUGUUUCGUUAGAACAUAUGACAUGUACUUCUUCAGAUUUCCGUUUUCUCUUUGAAUCAUCAGAGCAAAAAUGCAAGGAACUGGAAGACGCUCUAAAAUUGGGUUCAGGAAACCAGAACAAUGUGUUGCGAGGAGUCCCAUUUGUCAGAGGGGGAGGUCCCGGCUUCAUAGCUGGCCUUAGUUUCCUACAGCUGGACAAUCCUGCUGGUAACAAAAGGCGGUACUCCGACUGGGCGGAGUCUGUGACUAGUCUUCCCCAAGUCAUAAAACAGAAGCUGACACCUAUAUAUGAGCUGGUAAAGGAAGUACCUUGUGCAUCUGUGAAAAGACUGUACCUGAAGCGGGCUCUUGAAGAGUAUGUGGAUGAAUUCCACCCCUGCCAUUGCCGGCCUUGCCAAAAUGGUGGUUUGGCCACUGUUGGGGAGACCCAGUGUCAGUGCCAUUGCAAACCAUAUACAUUUGGUGUGGCUUGUGAGCAAGGAGUCCUCGUAGGGAACCAAGCAGGUGGGGUUGAUGGUGGUUGGAGUUGCUGGUCCUCUUGGGGCCCCUGUGUUCAAGGGAAGAAAGCAAGGAACCGGGAAUGCAAUAACCCACCUCCCAGCAGGGGUGGGAAGUCCUGUGUUGGAGAAACGACUGAAAGCAGACAAUGCCAAGACAAGGAGCUGGAGCAUUUACGAUUGCUUGAACCACAUUGCUUUCCUGUAUCUUUAGUUCCUAAAGAAUUCUGUCCAUCACCUCCUGCCUUAAAAGAUGGAUUUGUUCAAGGGGAAGGUACUGUGUUUCCUGUUGGGAAAAAGAUACUCUACACUUGCAAUGAAGGAUACUCUCUUGUUGGAGACCCUGUUGCCAGAUGUGGAGAAGAUUUACAGUGGCUUGUCGGGGAAAUGUAUUGUCAGAAGAUUGCCUGUGUCCUACCGGAACUGAUGAAUGGCAUACAGAGUCAACCCCACAAACCGUUCUACUCAGUGGGCGAGAAGGUGACUCUCUCCUGUUCAGGUGGCAUGUCCUUAGAAGGUCCUUCGGCAUUUCUCUGUGGCUCCAGCCUCAAGUGGAGUCCUGAGAUGAAGAAUGUCCAGUGUGUGCAAAAAGACACCCCUUUAACACAGGCAGUGCCUAAAUGUCAGCGCUGGGAGAAACUGCAGAAUUCAAGAUGUGUUUGUAAAAUGCCCUAUGAAUGUGGAUCUUCCUUGGAUGUAUGUGCUCGAGACGAGAGAAGCCAAAGGAUACUGCCUCUGACAGUUUGCAAGUUGCAUGUUCUUCACUGUCAGGGUAGAAAUUACACUCUUACUGGUAGGGACCGCUGUACUCUGCCUGCCUCAGCCAAGAAAGCUUGUGGUGCAUGUCCAUUGUGGGAAAAAUGUGAUGGCAGUAGUGGCAAAUGUGUCUGCCGAGAAGCAUCGGAGUGCCAGGAAGAAGGGUUCAGGGUCUGUGUGGAAGUGAGCGGCAAGGAGCUGACAAUGUCAGAGUGUGAGGCGGGCGUCCUGAGAUGCAGAGGGCAGAGCAUCUCUGUCACCAGCAUGAAGCCCUGUGCUGCCGAAACCCAGUAGGCUCUGGGGACAUCAAUCAGCUUGCGGGGAAUCCAGCAGGCAACUGGGGCUUAGUGAGAACAUCUGCACACCUGGGCACUUUGACAACUUUUCUAGCACAAGACACAUUCUUUCUUUCUCCUUCCUCUCCAGUGUACAUGUUCCACAGCCACUUGCAGCCACCUGUGUAAACAAACCCUUUGUGUCCCAAAUCUGAAUCCAGAUACUCUCCCCCACCCCUAUUUCUUUUUAAAAGGACAGGAUGAAGAAUAUUAAUGAGCCAUUAUAGGAGCUAGCUGUGUGUUUUUGGGAAAAUUCUCUGGACUAUUUUUGUCUGUAAAAUUAGAGGGUUAGACUAGAGACACUUGCAUGUUCCAUCCAUCCCCUGUGAUUCUAUUAAGUAUGACUGACCCAGCCCAUGGGCCAGAACACAUUUUAUGAAUCGAUUAGGAAAACAGAACACCAUUUCCUGAUUAGAGAGGUUGGCUUUCCUCAAUGAACUCAAAUACAAAAAGGACCUCGAAUGAAAAAAGACAGAUACAAUUAUUUCCAUCUUGAGUUGUAAUGUCACGCUUCACCCUGUUGAGUCCCCGCCACAUGUGGGGAUUCCUAUUCUUGUCAGGAGAUUGAACCAUUUAAAUGUCAGCACGGAAUUCAUCAUGCUGUGGUCACAGGGCCCCUUCUGCUUUCUUGUCUGAGAACAAAUAUGAUUCAGUCUUUUCCUGGGGGCAUUUUUUUUUUUUUUUUAGUAUGUGUGAAAAACAAGACCUGCAAUCAAUCUCCACCCUGUUUUUGAAGGAAGUAUCAGUUCAUGUCUGAGUUACUGACUGAUGCAUAAUAGAGAAUAGUCUCCCCUAAUGUGGAUACACUCCUACAUUUUUUACAAAGGUAUGCAAUUUGAAGCAUUGGUCUUCUAUUUAUUUCUUACCCAUUUUUUAAAAUCAAAACAGAAAAAGCAGAUGUGGGAGGUAAAAUGAGUGGGAAGAAGUAGAAUUUAAAAUGUUUUCAUAUACAAAUACUGUGUCCGUGUUUUUCUACUGCUGAUAAAUACAUUUCAAAAAAACUUUAAUGAAAAUUAUUAAGGAUUAAGAACUCAUUAAAGGAGAUUUUUUUUGAUCUGUAUAAUGUUUGAUUAGGAGAAUAUUUUCAUGAGGAAUGAAAAUAUGGUUUUUUUGGUUCUUGCCUGAAGUUUUAUGUUUGAUCCAGAUGUAGCUUUUUAUACCAAGGCAUCUCUUGAGGGAAGAUGCAGAUGUCAUAGGUAGACAUUAUAAGGUGGUAAGUUUCAAUUGACUGAAAUCAAUAAUAUGUAGACAGGUCAACUGCAGGUGUCAGAGAUUUUUUGAGGUUAUUUUCUUUCCUGAGUAAGGGAUAGAUUUGAAAAUGCCAGGCCUGAAUUUAAACUCCAUGAUGAAGUACUGAUCAAGGAAAACAUUUGAGAGCAGCUAUCUCAGUAUCCUUCCAAUAAUUUCUCCUAUCAACUUAAGUCAGAAUAGAGUUAGAUUUCUACUAAUUAUGUAUCACCUCCUCCAAUGUCUAAUUAACAUGGAGGAUAUGGUCAGUAUUAUCAAAUGCUAUCAGAGAUUAGGAUCUGAAAUAAAGAAAUUACUGAUUGAGCAUCCCUAAUCUGAAAAGCCAAAAUCUGAAAUGUUCCCAAAUCUGAAAUUUUCUGAAAUGAUGCUACAAGUGGAAAAUUUCACAUCUGACCUCAAGUGACAGGUCACAGUCACAAUGUAGGUGCAAAAAAAUUAUUGUAUAAAAUCAUUUUCAGUCUAUGUGCAUAAAUUGUAGGUGAAUUGUUAAUAAAUUUUGUACUUAGGAUUGGGCCUUAUCCCCCAAAUAUCUCACUAUCAUAUGCAAAUCUUCUAAAAUAAAAAAAAAAUAAAUUGGAAACUA